GAAAGGUUCGGCAACAUGACCCGGGUGUAUUAUCGAGAGGCGAUGGGAGCGUUUAUCGUCUUCGACGUGACGAGGCCGGCGACUUUUGAAGCGGUUACCAAAUGGAAAGAGGAUUUAGACACUAAGCUGACUCUCCCCAAUGGCAAUCCCGUGCCGACGGUUCUCUUGGCAAACAAAUGCGAUCAGGGCAAAGAGCUCCUUGUGAACAACGGCAUGAAGAUAGAGCAGUUUUGCACGGAGAAUGGCUUCGUGGGAUGGUUUGAAACUUCGGCAAAGGAAAACAUAAACAUCGAUGAAGCUUCCAGGUGUUUGGUGAAACAUAUCAUCGCUAGUGAGAGUGACCCAAUGCAGCCCGUCGAACCGGAUGUCAUUCAACCCCACUUGAAUUCCUCCAAGCUCGCCAGCUGUUCAGCUUGCUUUAGACCCUAAGCAAUUUCCAAGCUGUUCGCAGACAUGGGAACUGAGCAAACAACGGAUGAAGAAAAUGUCCACCUUGGUUGUGUCUGCCCAGGUUCGGCUGCU